CGAUCUCUACUCUCUGUGCUGAGCACAGCAGCACCAGGCUAGGCAGGAGGCCGAGCUAAGGCCUACCUGAUGGAGCAGAUCUCUGAGCUGAGCACAGCGUCACCGAGCUGAGCUACGCAGGGCCGCCCUGGGCAAGCUUACAUGGUAGAACAGAAUGGAGCUGCGGCCCUACCAACGGGAGGUGAUCACGCCUGCCCUGGAGGGCAAGAAUAUCAUCAUCUGGCUGCCCACUGGUGCUGGGAAGACCCGGGCAGCUGCUUAUGUGGCCAGGCAGCACCUAGAGACUGUGGAUGGAGCCAAGGUGGUUGUAUUGGUCAACAGGGUGCACCUGGUGACCCAGCAUGGUGAAGAGUUCAGCCGCAUGCUAGAUGGACGCUGGACCAUGACAACCUUGAGUGGGGACGUGGGGCCACGUGCUGGCUUUGGCCACCUGGCCCGGUGCCAUGACCUGCUCAUCUGCACAGCACAGCUGCUGCAGAUGGCACUGACCAGCCCUGAGGAGGAGGAGCACGUGGAGCUCACGGCCUUCUCCCUGAUCGUGGUGGAUGAGUGCCACCACACCCACAAGGACACUGUCUACAACGUCAUCAUGAGCCGGUACCUAGAACUUAAACUCCAGAGGGCCCGGCCCCUGCCCCAGGUGUUGGGUCUCACAGCCUCCCCAGGCACCGGCGGGGCCUCCAAGCUCGAUGGAGCCAUCAACCAUGUCCUACAGCUCUGUGCCAACUUGGACACGUGGUGCAUCAUGUCACCCCAGAACUACUUCCCCCAGCUGCAGGAGCACAGCCAGCAACCUUGCAAACAGUACGACCUCUGCCAAAGGCGCAGCCAGGAUCCGUUUGGGGACUUGCUGAAGAAGCUCAUGGACCAAAUCCACGACCAUCUGGAGAUGCCUGAGUUGAGUCGGGACUUUGGGAAACAGACAUAUGAGCAGCAGGUGGUGAAGCUGAGCGAGACUGCGGCUUUGGCUGGGCUCCUGGAGCAACGGGUUUACGCGCUUCACCUGAGGCGCUACAAUGACGCGCUCCUCAUCCACGACACCGUCCGCGCCGUGGACGCCCUGGCUGCGCUGCAGAGUUUCUAUCAAAGGGAGCACGCCACUAAAACCCAGAUCCUGUGUGCUGAGCGCUGGCUGCUGGCCCUGUUCAAUGACCACAAGAAUGUGCUGGCCCACUUGGCAACUCAUGGCCUGGAGAAUCCAAAACUGGAGAUGCUGGAAAAGAUCCUGCAGAAGCAGUUCAGGAGCUCUGACAGCCCCCGGGGCAUCAUCUUCACCCGCACCCGCCAGAGCGCACACUCCCUCCUGCUGUGGCUCCAGCAGCAGCCGGGCCUGCGGACUGUGGACAUCCGGGCCCAGUUACUGAUCGGAUCUGGGAACAGCAGCCAGAGCACCCACAUGACCCAGAAGGACCAGCAAGAAGUGAUCCGGAAUUUCCGAAGUGGAACCCUGAACCUUCUGGUGGCCACGAGUGUGGCCGAGGAGGGGCUGGACAUCCCACAGUGCAAUGUGGUGGUGCGCUAUGGGCUCCUAACCAAUGAGAUCUCCAUGGUCCAGGCCAGAGGUCGUGCCCGAGCGGGUCAGAGUGUGUACUCAUUUGUAGCAACUAAGGGUAGUCGGGAGCUGCAGCGGGAGCUGAUCAACGAGGCGCUGGAGACGCUGAUGGAGCAGGCAGUGGCUGCUGUGCAGAAAAUGGACCGGGCCGAGUACCAGGCCAAGAUCCAGGAUCUGCAGCAGGCAGCCAUGACCAAGCGGGUAGCCCAGGCAGCCCAGCGCGAGAGCCAGCGGCGGCAGUUCCCCAUGGAGCAUGUGCAGCUACUCUGCAUCAACUGCAUGGUGGCCGUGGGCCACGGCAGUGACCUGCGGAAGGUGGAGGGCGCCCACCACGUCAACGUGAACCCCAACUUCUCGAUCUACUAUAACGUCUCCAGGGAGCCUGUGGUCAUCAACAAAGUCUUCAAGGACUGGAAGCCUGGGGGUGUCAUCAGCUGCAGGAACUGUGGGGAGGUCUGGGGUCUGCAGAUAAUCUACAAAUCGGUGAAGCUACCAGCGCUCAAAGUCCGCAGCAUGCUUCUGCAGACCCCUCAAGGGCGGAUUCAGGCCAAAAAGUGGUCCCGCGUACCCUUCCCUGUGCCUGACUUUGACUUCCUGCAGCACUGUGCCCAGAACCUGACGGACCUCUCCUUGGACUGACCACCUCGUUGCUACAGUGCCCGGCUCGGGCUGUAGGGGGCGGGAGAGUCCACAGCUGCCGUCGUCUUCCCCGGGACACAGCCUGGUCCAGGCCCCUCCUUCUGGAAUCACCAGCUGUGGGCAUCAGGCCCACCAGUCACAGAGGAGUCCUGGGCAUCCUGGCUUAGGCUGCCGCAAUGGGGAAGCAACUGGAGGGCCAGACCUCAGCCCCAGACCCACCUCGCACACACAUAGACACUUUCGUAUGCACUGGAUGGAGCUGGCGAAAUGGAGGCAAAAGAAUUGCCACACUUUGAACUUGGCUGCCAUUAAAAAAAACAGCUGGUCCGAGUGCAGUGGUGUUUACAACUAAUU